AAAAUCUAGGGACUCCUAUUACAGCUACAGUCUGAUAGACAGAGCAAGAGAGGGCUGGAGAGAGUUCUAAAAGGAAGACAGGGAAGGAGAGUGAGAACUUAUUAACAGGAAAAGUUAGAAAAUAAGCAGUUCUACUUGUGUGCUCACCCUUCCUUGACUACAGCUUUCCUACAACACUACCUGAGGCACACAUACACACAUACAGGGAGGUGUUUCAUGGAGGGCUGACUCUCCAGGGAAGAAGGGAAUUAAACUCUUUUGUUUUAAAUACGCCGCAUCCAUACUCAGGAGGAAAAAAGGGGGAUUACAUCUUGUGCGCCUGCCCCACUUGUUCCUCUCCUCUCUCUGCAUUUUGUCUUCACUGAGUUACUUUGGAGACUUUGGAUACAACUUUCUUGAAUUGUUGGUCUGAGCUCAGAGAGAUAUGGCGCACGGACAAAAGAGCCCCAGGUGGGCAUUAACCCAGGGUUCUUUCAGCUUGGCACUGGGCCUGUCAUUUUUCUCCCUCCUCCUUUUCCUCCUCACUGUUUCGGCUACAGAUGAGUUCGAUUACUACAGCUGGCAGUCGGACAACUUCCACAAUGGUCGUUUCUACACCAAGCAGCCCCAGUGUGUGGACAUACCAGCUGACCUGCGCCUGUGCCACAAUGUGGGCUACAAGACGAUGAGGCUGCCCAACCUCCUAGACCAUGAGACCAUGGCAGAAGUCAAGCAGCAGGCAGGCAGCUGGGUGCCCCUGUUGGCAAAACGGUGCCAUGCUGAUACCCAGCUCUUCCUGUGUUCACUGUUUGCGCCAGUGUGCCUGGACAGGCACAUCUAUCCCUGCCGCUCGCUGUGUGAGGCCGUGAGGAACAGCUGCGCACCAAUGAUGGAGUCCUAUGGCUUUCCCUGGCCGGAGAUGCUGACCUGCGAUAAGUUCCCCAUUGAUAAUGACCUCUGCAUCCCUAUGCAGUACACCGAGAACCACGUGACACCGCCAACAGUGUCGAAGGUGUGCCCUCCAUGUGACAAUGAGCUGAAAGCAGACAAUAUCAUGGAGCAUUACUGCGCUAGUGACUUUGUCCUCAAAAUGAAAAUCAAGGAAGUCAAGAAAGAGAAGGGUGACCGGAAGCUGAUUGCAGCACAAAAAAAGAAGAAAGUGCUGAAGCAGGGCAUGCUAAGGAAGAAAGAUCUGAAGAAAUUGACCCUGUACAUCAAGAAUGGUGCCAACUGCCCCUGCUCCCAGCUGGACAACCUGGGCUCCAACUUCCUCAUCAUGGGCCGCAAAGUGGACCAGCAACUGCUGCUCGUCUCCAUUCACAAGUGGGACAAGAAGAGCAAGGAGCUAAAGUUUGCCAUUAAGUACAUGAAGUCCCACCAGUGUCCCACCUACCACACCGUCUUCCAGUGAUGUGGCCCGCUGUACUGUUCACAGAAUCCAUGAUCACUCUAGACACUCCACAAGUGAUCCUAACUCUCAUCUCAAUAAACUGUUUCCAAACUCCAGAUUUCUGGGAAAUCUAUUAUCAGCCCAUGACAUAGUCCUAUAAGGGGUUGCAGGGUGGUCAAGCUUUUAUUUAGUCAGCUUUAAUAUGAAUCAGGUAGUCAAGGGGGCCGUUCUGAUCUGCUUAGAUGAAUCAUACAUGUUAAUGUUGGAGAGCCACAAAGCAGAAGCGCUGUCCGAAUAAUAAAAGUCCAAAAUAAACACAGAUCUUAGAACAGUUAGGGUGACAUCAGUUACUUCCUAAAUAAAAGACAUUUUGAUCUACUCCCUGCAAUUUAAUAGAAUCCUCAUUAAUCCUACUUUCUUUUACUGAUAGUGUAGAACCAAUCAAUUGCAUGAUAUCUUACAGAAACAUUAAUAGUAUUAAGAAAUGGGAAACUACAGAUUUGAGACAACUAUUGGACGUGAAGUGUAUUUGGCAAUGUAAUGACUAUAGACAAAGAAUGGAAAGGGAUGGUUGUUUGUUUGAAAAGACCCAAGAGUAUGUGGGCUGUGCAAUGGGCCAGCACACAUGCUGGCACAGAGCUCCCAGGAACAACAUCAAAGCAGAGAAAUGUAGGUAAUCCACUUAUUUUUAUGUUUUAGUAAUGUAAAUAAAUAGGUAAGUCAAAUGAAUACUAGACAAUUAGAAAACUAGGCUUUUUCUCCUUUUAUACCUGCUGGGAAAGAAAAAUGGAGCAAGAGGGGGUGACAGACUGGAUGAUCCUUCCACUGACUGUACAGCACAGUGUUUUUGGGCCUAGAAGAGGGAAACUUGAAUAUUUUUUUGCUUUGUGAAAUGGAGAGAUAUCGAGGUUAAGGCAGAGAAGAUCUUCCUGAAAGCAAGUGAAGAACAAAAGGGAAAGGAGAGAAAAACAGACUCUGGACAGAACCAACAGUGUUGGGUUGAUACGUCUCUGGUACUUGCUAUAUUUCACUAUCACUCUUUUUUUUUUUUUGCUUCAGUUAAACUUUUAUGGCAUGAAAGCAGAAAUCAGACAUACAGACAUAGCUCCUGAAUUCACUGUUGUCAUAGCAAUAAAAGAUCAAAAAUUAACUUUGACAAUAUUUCCUUCUCAGUUAACCUCCAAGUAGUUCUGUUACUGAAAUGCA